UCUCAGAGUUCGGUGAGGAAAAAAGAGAGUAAACAGAUCAUCCAACGACUUCUGAUCUCUCAUUCUCUCCCUUGCAUUCCUUUUGUUUCAGAGACGCGGGCAGGCCGCCAGGUUGAAUUUCCAAUUUUAACCUCCCAGCCACCAAAACCCUGAUGGCUGUCUCCAGCUGCGCUAGCGCCUUCCGGCCGUUCGAGUGCCGUUCGGAUCCCGACUUUUCCGGCCGUUUUCCUCGUCCGGAGUUCCCUACAUCUGGCGCCGCUCGAUUCUCCGCCAAGGCAAACUCGGUGACUCAGGGAUUUCCGGUUGGCAGUCUGUCCUCUUCUCUCAUCUUUAGGUUUCCGCCGAACUUCGUCAGGCAGCUGAGCACUAAAGCUCGGAGGAACUGCAGCAACAUCGGCGUCGCUCAAAUCGUCGCGGCCUCGUGGUCAAACAACCAGCAGGGGGGUUCCACUUCUCCCACUCCAGCGGCUAAGGCCGUCGAUGCUGCUGCCUCAGCCUCUGUCGUUGCGCCUGUUGAGUUUGAGACUGGCGUCGUGGAGGAGAAGGUGGCUGCUGCGGUGGAGAGUGGUUUUUCUGAUGGUGUAAAUGUACAGCCUGACGAUUUGGUUGAUGCCAAAUACUCUUCAUUUUUGACCUGCGACGGCAGCGUCGCCAUUCAUGCUGGUGAAAGAUUGGGUCGCGGCAUUGUUACUGAUGCGAUAACUACCCCUAUUGUUAACACAUCUGCUUAUUUCUUCAAGAAAACUCAAGAACUCAUUGAUUUUAAGGAGAAACGCCAUGCAAGUUUUGAAUAUGGACGCUAUGGAAAUCCCACAACUGUUGUAGCAGAGGAGAAAAUAAGUGCACUGGAGGGAGCUGAGUCAACCUUGAUAACUGCCUCUGGUAUGUGCGUGAGUACUUGCGUGCUCUGGGCUUUGGUGCCUGCUGGGGGGCAUAUUGUUACAACCACAGACUGCUAUAGGAAAACUCGGGUAUUCAUCGAGAGGGUGCUAAUACCCAAAACAGGAAUCACGGCUACAGUCAUUGACCCUGCUGAUAUUGGAGCUUUGGAGGCUGCAUUGAACGAGAAGCAAGUGUCCCUUUUCUUUACGGAGUCUCCAACUAAUCCAUUUUUGAGAUGUGUAGACAUUGAGCUGGUUUCAAAGCUUUGCCAUGAAAAAGGAGCCUUGGUUUGUGUUGAUGGAACCUUUGCAUCUCCAAUCAACCAGAAGGCCCUUGCUCUUGGUGCUGAUCUUGUUCUACAUUCGUUAACAAAAUAUAUUGCAGGCCACAAUGAUGUCCUUGGAGGUUGUAUCAGUGGUCCAGAGAAAUUGGUCUCUGUAGUACGUGAUAUGCAUCAUAUUCUGGGUGGUACCCUCAAUCCUAAUGCCGCUUAUCUGAUCAUUCGAGGCAUGAAGACGCUGGAUCUUCGCGUACAUCAACAAAAUUCAACAGCAUUGAGGAUGGCCGAGAUUUUAGAGGCGCAUCCUAAGGUGAGACGUGUCUAUUAUCCAGGCUUGGCAAGCCAUCCAGAGCAUCACCUCGCAAAGCGGCAGAUGACUGGUUUUGGUGGCGUGGUUAGUUUUGAGGUUGAUGGAGAGCUAUACACGACUGCAAAGUUCGUUGAUGCGCUGAGAAUCCCUUACAUUGCCCCCUCUUUUGGAGGCUGUGAGAGCAUCGUGGACCAACCAGCAAUAAUGUCUUAUUGGGAUCUUCCCCAGUCAGAGAGGGCUAAGUAUGGAAUUGUGGACAACUUGGUUCGGUUCAGCUUUGGGGUUGAAGGCUUUGAAGACCUGAAGGCUGAUAUCCUUCAGGCUCUGGAGACUAUAUAGGACGUCUGACCUGCACCAACAUUUUUCACUGUCUUUUCCAAAUGUGCCAUUUCCCUUUAAUAUGUUUUGAUGUUCAGUUGAUGUUUAACUAGGAAAGUGCUCGCUCAAUGUAGGUGCAAAAUCACCAGAAGAAUCCUUCCAUUUGUUUCCUAUUUUGUUCGAGUAAAAUGAUUUGCUCAAUAUUUAUUGUUGGAGGAAUAGUUCAUGGAGUCUUGUCUUCA